AUGGCCGACCCCACGUCAGCGCCCUCACUGGCAGAAUCAAUCGAUGCGUCCAUUGCUAGUUUCUUCGCUUCACACAACCCUCUAACAUAUCUCUUGCUCGCCAUAAUUACUGGCAUCCUCGUCUACCCGCUCAUUGUCGGCCAAGACCCGGACAUCCACCCAUUUCUCCUCGCUCGCCAAUCCUCAGCCGCACCAAUUCGUAAUCCGAAGGAAUCUCCAGUCUACCGAGCACUCGACGUGCCACACGGCUACCCUUUGCGCAACGCACUCGGAGUCAAGGACAUCGGCGCACCGAAAUGGACUUCUGGCAGACGCGGCGAUCUUCGUGAUGUCUUGGCGCGAGCGGUGUCCGGGCCGCUCAAUGCUGAGUCCACUGCUCACGAUGCGAGUAAGGUCGGCAAAGUGUGGACACUGUCCGGCAAGGACAAGUCCACCCCGACGGAGAUGAAGGAGCUAAUGAGAAUGGUCAAGACGCUUGGAAGCUUUGCCAAGGACAAGGCUGGUGCGGAUGGCAAGGUUGCUGUGUGCUUGAGCAACAGUGUUGAGCUACUUGCCAGCAUUUUCGCCGCCGCAUUCUACGACUACGAAGUGGCCAUCAUCCCGACUGGCCUCCCUCAAAACCAGACCGACAAUCUCCUCGCUCAGACCAACCCGAACAUCCUCAUCGCCGAAGCCGGCGAGCUAGACCUCACGACCGCCCUCCCCAAAUGCGGGACAUCUCUCAAGGAACUCAUCCUCAUCGCCAAGCCCGACAGCAAGCACAUGGACUGGGCGUCCACCCCGACCCCCAAAGGCGUCUCCGUCACCACCUGGGAUGACCUUCUCUCCUCCAGCUCCGCCACCUCCGACAUUCCCUCCAUCGAAAAGGACGCUCCCAAACCGAAGCCUCUCAGCACCUUCACCUCAACUACCUCCGGCUUAUUCACCCUCACGACAUUUACCUCAGACAACCUCAUCGCUGGCACCGCCGCCCUCCUAACCUCCCUCCCCCGCACUCAACCCCUUUCGCCCACCGACACGCUCCUUCCCACCACCUCGAUCUCCAACCCUUACACACUGACGUGGAUCCUCGCCGCGCUAUACAGCAACGCCUCCAUCGCCCUCAACUCCGUCUCUGGCCCCAACGUCGACCUCUUCGCCACUACAGCUUCCUUCCAGCCUACCAUCCUAGUCACCUCACCCGGCACCCUCCAGAAGUACCUGACAAACUACACGAAGACUGGUCUAGGACCAUCCCGGUUCACGAAAUUCUUCCACCGCCGCAGCCUCCGCCAGGGUAUCAUGCCCAGCCGCAAGCCGAUUCCGGACCUUGGCGGCGGAAAAGACGCCGUGUUCCUGGUCAUGGAGCUCGCUGCCCUCUCGAAACUCCGCGCUGUUUUCGUCGGGCACGACACGUCAGCGGAUAAAGCCAACUCCCUCACUAGCAGCGAUCUGGAUAGCUUGAGGACAGAGCUGGGCGUAAAGAUCAGCUACGCGCUUACCUCCGGACAAGUGGCGGGCGCGGUGGCGCAGGGGAAUCUGCAUGACUAUCGGGAUAAAGGGGAGAAGGUGGUUUGCGUGGGCGCGCCGGCGGGGAGUGUGGAGAUUAAGUUGGUGGGGGAUGAUGAUGGGGUCGUGGGGAGGGGGAGGGGCGGUGAGGGAUUCAUUGUCGUCAAUGGUCCGGCGGUCGCGGGCGAGAAGGGCGAGGUGCAGCUUGAUGUCAAGGCUAAGAUUGAUACUGAUCAUACCUUGUUGUUGUUGUGA